ACCAAGCUGCCUCCCCACGAAACAACAAGCCACGCGUCAGUUUCCUAUACGGGCCCACCAACCUGGCGCGCGUUAGUCGUAACCAACGCCCAGCUCUGAUUAUCUGGCGCGCAUCCCACUUGAUGCGCACAACGCCCCCUUUGCGCCUCUACGGCCGCCACUGACGACUCAUUUUAGACUUCCAUUUACAGCCGACACUCUAAAAUCUCAAAUUCUACCGGAAAAUUUAGCCUCCACAUCACCGGAAUUCUGAAUAGUUUCAUUGAAUUUUCUUGAAUUCUGAUAUGUGGAGCUGCUGAAGUUUUUGCUGAAAUUGUGCAGUGUUUCAGAAGAGAUUUCAUUCUAUUUUAAUACCAAAUCAGGCAGAUUUGAUUCGGAGAAUUAGGUUCUGUUUGUAUAUCUAGGGUUUCAGUGUAAUCAGUUGUGAUUCGGCGAAGUUUCGCUUUAAACUGAAUCGUUUGAGCUGGUAUGAUCUUCUGCACUGUUUGCUCUACUAUAGACUCUAGUUGAUUUGCCGUGCAUUUCGCGCCGUUUGUUGAUUCAUUGUGUGUAAAGCGUGGAAAUUGCGUAUCAGUUGAUGUAAUUGGGCAGUUUGCUUAAUCGAUGGCGUCGAUCCGGAGAACUUUAUCACCGAGUAACGAACGGCAUUAUCAGAAUGGAAACCAAUAUUCAGUUCAAUCGCCAUCUCAUAAGCUCGUUCUCAAUGGCAAAAGCUCCUCGCUACUGUAUUCUCGAAAAAAUUACAUAUCCAGGAAGAAGUUGUUCUAUAGGUGUUUGGUAUUUUUCGUGCUAGGGUUUGUAUUAGGUAUGGCACCAUUUGGUGGUUUUGAUGAUGCGAGGAGCAGUGAUUUUUCGUUUGAGAUCAAACCACCGGUGGUGAAUGUUAAGGAGGAGAUGAAAGAUGUGGUAAUUCCCAGACCUGACAAUGUUGUGGUAAACUCAGUCAAAUUACCAGGUUCGGGGGAGGAAGUGCAGGGGAAGUUUGAUUAUGCAUCCAGGAAACUGUUGAUUGUGGUAACUCCGACUUAUAAUAGGGCACUUCAAGCUUACUAUCUUCAUAGAUUAAGCGAGGUGUUGAAGCUUGUGAAAUCACCUCUGUUGUGGGUUGUGGUUGAGAUGAAUGCGGCGUCUGCAGAAACUGCAGACAUUUUGAGGAAGACAGGAGUUAUGUAUCGGCAUCUGGUGUGCUCCAAGAACAUGACAGAUAUAAAAGACCGCGGGGUGCACCAGAGAAAUGUUGCAUUGGAGCAUAUUGAACAUCAUAGGCUCAAUGGAAUUGUUUACUUUGCAGAUGAUGAUAAUAUCUACUCACUUGAGUUGUUUGAGAGCAUUAGAUCGAUCAAUCGUUUUGGCACUUGGCCUGUUGCUAUGCUAGCACAAAGCAAAAGCAAAGCAAUACUAGAGGGCCCUGUGUGCAAUGGAAGUCAAGUUAUUGGGUGGCACACCAACGAGAAGAGUAAGCAACUUAGAAGAUUUCAUGUCGAUAUGUCUGGCUUUGCCUUCAAUAGCACUAUAUUAUGGGAUCCAAAGAAAUGGCAUCGACCAACUUCAGAUCCCAUACGACAGUUGGACAAUGUGAAGGAGGGUUUCCAAGAGACCACUUUCAUAGAACAAAUUGUUGAAGACGAAAGCCAAAUGGAGGCUGUCCCUCCUGGUUGCUCAAGGGUAUUGAAUUGGCACCUUCAUCUGGAGGCUCGUGGAGUUGUCUAUCCAGGAGGCUGGCUGCUUCAAAAGAACCUUGAUGCCGUUAUCUCUACCACAUGAGAAACACAAGCAAUGUGCAGGAACUCUAAAUGGUGUCCAUGAAGGAGGCCACUGCUAAUCCCAGUAGGAAGCUAUCAUUUUCAAGCUGAUCAGGGAAUUACUAGAUUGCCAAAGUUGAAGCAGCAAGCAUGCCUUCAAUGACAAGCUAGCUAUAAAGAAAGGAGUGGUUCAUUUUAUUUUUGACUUUCUCGAAAUUAUUCUUUGACAGCAUGAGAACUCGUUUUGUUGUGGAGUUUUGCUGCUUUUCCCAAGGAGAGGGAUGUGGUUUCUUCAGUUUCCAUUGCAAAAUUGAUUGCUACUGCCAUCACAGAAGGCGGAAUGUGUGCAUGCUGUAGAAUGGGAUGGUUGUAAUUAUCAUCCUCAGAAGCAGGAAGCAAGUGAUGCUUAGUUCAAGUUGUAGUCUUUUACUAUAGUGUUACUGAUGGAAUAGUUAUCAUACAAAAUUUGCAAUUUUUUUUACCUUCUUGAUGUGCAAAGGUGGUUGUCGCAGAGGUUUUGCAAAUUAAAUUAAGCUGUUUUGAAUUUU